AUGAUCUAUUCACGUCGCAGACUUGAAGAUGAACUUUGGCAUAUACAUGCCCCGUUAAAAAAGGAAAAACGUGAAAUUGUCACUGUUCCUCCACCCUCGCAAAUCCCUUACUUAAACGGUGUGAUGGAUAACGAUUUCGAUAUAAAUAGCCCAAAAUCAAUUUAUGUCGAAGAUACCGAUCCGGACUACAUCCAUAUGCCUAAAUUACGUAGUAGGCUUGAUCUACUCGUUCACCGUGAUCCAGCACUGAAAAAGUCAAAAGAACCUGUUGGAUAUCCAACACCAGAUUGGUGGAAUGCAAUGUGCACUCCAGUAACAUGUGUCACGGUGGAUAAAGAAAGUAAACGAUCAACUGGUCAUAUGUUUGAUGCUCCACAUUACUUGGACCAUAAAAAUUACCAAAAACGACAAGAAGAAAAUCAAAAGCCAUAUUGUGCUGAUGGAAAUAAUAAAAAUAAGAUAUCACAUUUGGGACAACUACCAUCGAGAAAAAACUGA